AUGUCGGCCACAUUCUCAAUACAGCCUAUUGGAAGGUUCACCGGGCAAAGCCACCCCGUGAAAAGGCCAAAGGAAUUUGCCUGCUUCUCAUACGAUGAGAACCAUGAGUUUCGCCUCGAUGACUCUUCGAUGAAGUAUUACUACACCCCUCAACUAGGAGCAGACCUGUCCAAGGGCUUCGAAAAAUUCCAGAAACUAGAUGACUCCGGAGACGAACAUCUGGACAGCUUGCUAAAAACCAUCUUGGCGCACGAAAGGGAGACCGGGAAGAAGAUUGAUGCGAAUGUAGUUACGUGGCGGGGGAUGAUGACCAAGAUUAUGGCGGCGCUGUUUGAGCAACAAGAUGGCUUUGAGAUGAAUGCCACUCUGUACCAGAAUUGCAUCUUCAUCGAAGAAAAUAACGAAUAUAAACGCCAGUCGCGAGCCAAGGAAAACCAUCGCGGCCCCCGACGCGGCCCGCCUUUAGAAGUCAUGCAAUAUUGGGGCUAUAAGUUUGAAACCCUUUCCACGCUGCCAAAAAUAUGGGCCGAAACAUCAAGAGAAUACAUUGAAAAUCGCGAGAAUCAAAUCGUCAACAACAAGGAACAAUAUUGCUCCGUCGUACGCACCGGCAUCGGAAAGACCGUCCUCUGUCUAGGCGGCGAAAACACUACUCUAACGAGAAAACCAGUAUGGGACUCCAAACCCCAACCCGGCCAGCCGAUAAACUGGGUCGAACUCAAAACCACAGCUGAGAUACGCUCCGACCACGACAUGGACAAUUUCCAUCGCAAGCUCAUGAAGUUUUGGAUCCAGUCGUUCCUGCUGGGCGUCCCCAAGAUAAUCGUGGGUUUCCGCACAAGAGACGGCAUCCUAAUGGACGUCAAGGAUAUCGAGACGCACAACAUUCCGCAAACGGUAAAUUCGAGGCAAGGCGCGCGGUGGAAUGCAGACAUGUGUGUGAAUUUUGCGGGCGAGUUCCUCGAAUUUCUUCAAAGCACAAUCAACGACGAGGGCGUCUGGCGCAUACGCCGCCACCCGGCCUCCCCCACAAUCGAAGUCUUCAAAGUCGAAGAAACAGGCCACGGCAACAUUCUCUCUGACGAAUUCAAAAACUGGCGAAUCAAGCUAUCCCUCGGCCCGAGCACAGAACCCUAG